AUGCACCGAGCCAGCCUCGCCGCCGUAGCCCUCGCGGCUCUGGCCUCCACCGCCCCCAUCACCAGCACCGAACCCACGCGAACAACACUUGCGCGGAGACAAUUCUCCAUCACCGACCCCGGCACCUGGCUCCCGGGCAUCGGGAUCGGCGCGCCCACCCCCCCACCCCCACCAACCUUCACCCUCCUGCCCCCCGUGACCGGCGGUCUCGAGCCGUCGGACAAGAAGGCCAAACGCCAGGACCACGUGAUCCUGCCGCCCAUCACCGGCGGUCUCGAGCCCUCGGACAAGAAAGCCAGACGCCAAGACACGAUCGGCAUCGGCGACGGCACCACCACAGACCCGGUACAGGCGCACAUCAAGGCGCUCGAGCUCCAGUACGAGGCGCUGGUGCACGAGUUCGGGACGGCGGACCCGCCGAGGCCGGUCGCGCGCCGCAUCGCGGAGAUCGAAGGGGAGCUGCUCGAGAAGUACGGGAUCCGCAUCGUGCAGAGCCCCGACGGCACGACGACGACGUUCGUCCCCGGGAAGAAGAGGAGGCGCGACGAGCAGCCGGGGUAUUCGUUGCCCGGCGGCCCGCUGUUCCCGCUUCCCGGGUUCCCUGGGGGCGGGAUGAAUCCGGAUCCGGUUGUGCCCGGGGGCCCGAUCGAGGUUAGUGAUUAG